CCGGUCGAUGGCGCACGAUCGCUCGCUCGCUCGCUCGCUCGUUCGCGCAGAGUCGCGUCAUAGCACGUGCACGGUGUGUCGGUACCGACUCUGAGGUGGGUGACGCGGCCCGACGCGCAGACAAACACACAAACACAGUGCGAGAGAGGCGGCGGUCAGCCGACGGGCGAGGUCGGACUGAGUGGUGCCCGGAGACGCGGCGGGAGCAGAGGUGAGACGGGAGAGCUGGGGACCCGAAGACUCGGUCUGUCUUUGCACCAGAUACCGUCAGACAUGGAUACGUGUUCGCUUGUCUCUAUUGAUGACGCACGCGAACAUAUCUGAUCCUCGAAUUACGUCCGCUUCUGUCUCAGCGCCGCUCUGAUUGCCACUUCUGAAGACGAGGUGCUUCUGGUGCUGUAUUUCCGUGAAGACAAGCAAUUACGUCUAGUCAGAGCUAGAAGAAACGUUUUUCCUUGACUGCAUGUGUGAGAUCAACUGUGAGAACUUAGUAAAUCAGCUUUGAAGCGAAGAGCAACAAAGAACCAACGGUCACUUUAAUCAGGGUGGACAAAAGUCGUAACAUCUCAACAUAUCACUCCUCUUUACGACAUAGGGGACAAUACGCAAUACAUUCAGGCGACGCUCAGUGAAAGAGUUUCAGGAAGAACUGAGUGGAGUCGAGCAUGUGUCUUGGCCAGUGAGCGGACACCAAAUUCUCGACAUGGCCGCGGACGCGCAGUCCCCGCAGAAUCAGCUGGAGCAGUUGUUUCUGGCGUGCGACACGGACGGGACCGGCUACAUCGGUCGCCAGCAGCUGCGGGACCUCUGCCGCGGGUUCGACAUCUCCGGCGACGACUCGGACCUCAUCUUCGCCGACCUGGACCGCGACGGCGACGAGCGCAUCAGCUUCGCCGACUUCUGUCGCGGUUUCCGAGACUGCGUCAACAGCGACUUCGCCCAGGUCAGCUGCCGGUCUGCAUCAGUGGACCAGGAGGAGCAGAAGCCGGCCGCCGAGACCCGCAGCGGCGCAGACAGGAGGACAGAGAAGCGCGAGCACGGCAAGAAGCCCAAGAAGAGGGGCCUGCGCCGGCGGGACAGCAUGCACCACGCGUUCAAACAGUUCUCGAAGACUCUUGGAGAGGAGAACGUGCUUCACUUCAUUGGCAACAGCAGCCAAGAGAAGAUCCAUCAGCUGUACCAGGAGCUCUCCAUUUCCGACACGGAUCCGCAGAUCAGGGUGCAGGUCGAGAGCGUCCUCAGCUCGCUGCUUGGCGAGGUCAGGCAGCUUCAAGAUGAAAACAAACACAUGGAGAAGCUCUACAUACGUGAGAAGGAGGCCCACGAGACCCGUCUGCGGUCGAUGGAGGACGAGCUGGAGGCGCAGGUGGCACGCGUGGACCUGCAGGCGCGCCGGGAGGCCGAGCAGCAGAAGGAGCAGGAGAUCAAAGAGGUGGAGCGGAAGAUGAAGGAGGAGAUCGCCGAGCUGCAGACACACCUCAGAAUGUUCCAGAAGGUGGACAGUUGGCUUCAAAAAGACACCAACAAGCCCGGAAGCGACGAAACUCUCAGGAAACUGGAAGAGGCGUCCAGCGAAAACCGAGGGCUAAAGAUGAACCUGACCGAAACAGAGACCAGCAUAGCACUGAUGCGUGCUGAUAUGGCUCAGAUUAGGGCGCAGUAUGAAGAGAAGUGUCGUGAACUGCACAACGAGCGUCAACAGAUGGAGGAAUAUAUUGCAAGGCAAGAUCAGAUACAGCGACAACUUCAGGUGCUACAGGAGGCGAACCGGCGCAUCCAGGACACCAACGACAGCCUACGGCAGACGCUGCAGGACAGCGGCCGGCUGCGGCGACGGCACCAGCAGAGGCCUGCCAGUCAGAUGAGCUCCACACUCGGCGACGAGCUGGACAGCCUCUGGGAUGGGGAGAGCGUGCGUUCACAGGGCUCUGGCCGCCGCCCGCUGCUCGAGGACGUGCAGUACGGCAUCCCGCGGCUGAUGCAUGAUCUAGACGGGAGCCUGAAGGACCCGGACGACAUGGACAGUGGCCUGGACCGGUCCGUGCGGGACGAGACCGAGUCGUGUCCGGGCCGCUCCGUCCGAGAGGAGCUGGACGACCUCGAGGCGCAGCAGGACAACGGCAUCGACGAGUGUUUCCUGAGUACCGAGGACCAGUACCUGGAGAAGUGCCCGUCUCCGCGUCCCUCCCCGCGCCCCUCCCCGCGGCUGUCUCAGCGGGGGGCGUCUCCGCGGGUACUGAGGCGGCAGCUCCCCGCCAGUACCGGUACACCAGGCGGUACCGGUACCGCGCCCAUGUCGGCGGCUCUGUAUGAGCCCACCGGGCCCCCGGACCGCACCUAUAAGGUAGUGUUUGCCGGCGACGCUGCCGUCGGAAAGUCAACCUUCAUCACCCGCAUCUGCAAGGGCGUCUUCGUCACCGACAUCAGCUCCACGCUGGGAGUGGAUUUUCAGGUGAAAACGCUCUGCGUAGACGAAAAGAACGUUGCAGUACAACUUUGGGACACAGCUGGUCAGGAGCGGUUCCGCUCCAUCACUAAGUCGUACUUCCGGAGGGCCGAUGGCGUCAUGCUAUUGUAUGACGUCACCAGCGAGAGGUCCUUCCUCAGCGUGCGCCAAUGGGUGCAGAGCAUUGACGAGGUGACCGACACGAGGGUCCCCAUCAUGCUCUGCGGCAACAAGGUGGACAUGCGAGAGGCGCUGAUGAAGCAGGGCCAGACUUGCAUCACCCGAGAGCAGGGAGAGACCCUGGCCCGAGACUUCGGCGCCCAUUUCCAGGAAACCAGCGCCCGCACCGGCCAGGGCAUGGUCGAAGCCAUCGUGGAGCUGGGCAGGAGAAUGCUGACCAAUGAAGAUGUCGAGGUGCAAACUUCGGCGCUGAAAGUCUCCGAUGACGCCAAGAAAGGCGGAGCCUGCUCCGGCAGUAGCAACAGCUCCAGCUCUUGCAAGAAGUAGUCGACGAACUCGAAAACAUACGCGACGUACAAGAAAUAUGACUUUGGAUCGGUUUGCCAGUCGAAAGGUGCGACCCUACGAGUGAAUAAGUAUUUUUGAACUGGAAGUGAUAUGAACAUUUCCGUCUACGAAAUAGAUUGACAUGUUAAGGAAAACGUAGAAAAUUGUCGUGGGCGUGUGUAGACUUGAAAGCCUGAAUGGCGCUUAUAUGUGCAUUGUAUAGGGUUGUGAACUUGUAGGCAUGUGCUAAAAAUAUAUACAACCGCACGGCUGUCGGUUUACAAUGAAUGCGAAGUGUCUGACCGGUGUCAGAAAGCGGAUGAGAUGUUGUGUGCCUGCUUGUUUUGUCGUUUAUGAGCAGGACUAAGCUCUGGCACUUGCAGCCGCUGUUUCACGUCUGAGUGUGUAAUAUCGUUAACGUUUGGGCGAUAAUUGCGUGACAUUCAUUUGUAUUGAUGCUGCAUAUACGGCUGAUGUUUGAUCGAAUAAACUCGAUGAAGUGAAA